GGCGUGACACCACCCAACCUGGCAACUUGCCACUCUCGGAACUGGUCCAGCCAAUCAGAGUUUAGCUGGAUUUGAUGCUAGUUGAACUUAACGCUCGCAAAAAUCGGGCCACAUACUGCUCUAUCUACCAAAGAAUAAGAGGUGACUGGAAUCAGCUACCUGUCGAGAAGGUACACGUGAGAGAUGGGAAGAGAGAAGGACGUUAAAGGAGACGGGAAGGCCAAGCACAAAGCAACGAAAUUGAAAAGGCUGAGUGGUUAUGAAAGCGCUGGCGCCGGGGGUGAUACGGUUAAGUACGGUGCAGAGCCAACUAAAUCUACAAAGAAAACGGAAAAUGAAAAGGCUCAUAAGAAGCUCAAGACACCCAAGACCGAGACUAUGGAGCAAGCCAACAGCCCCAGUGAGUCCAUAAAACAGGAGCCAGAGGAUGACAACUUCACUGUGAUAAAGAAAGGGUUGAAAAGGAAAAGAACUAAAGAUGAGCCCAUGGAAGGCCCUUCACAGUCCACUGCUACACAUGCCUCUAAGAAAGAAGAUAAGCAACGUGGACAGGGUGAUGAAAGUGACGGAGAAGCUCAGAAAAAGAAGUUAAAGAUGAGAACCAAAAAGGCGGUAAAGAAAGAGGAAGGGGAAACUCCUAAGAGGACCAGAGAGGAGAAGGAAGAGGCAAGACAGCUGAAGAUCAAACAGAAGAAGGAGGAGGAGCAGAAUCGCUGGAGAUGGUGGGAGGAAGAGAAAUAUAAAGAUGGGAUGAAAUGGAGGUUCCUGGAACAUAAAGGACCUUACUUCCCUCCUGAGUACCAGCCUCUACCUGAUGAUGUUCACUUUUUCUAUGAUGGCAAGAAGGUGAAGCUGAGCCUGGCAGCUGAGGAGGUGGCUCUGUUCUUUGCCCAGAUGUUGGACCAUGAAUAUACCACCAAGAAGGUGUUCAGGGAAAACUUCUUUAAAGACUGGAGGAAGAAAAUGACCCAUGAAGAGAGAGCACUAAUACAAGAUCUUGACAAAUGUGACUUUGGAGAGAUCCAUGCCAUGCAUAAAGCCAAGGUGGAGGCCAGAAAAAACAUGACCAAGGAGGAGAAACGGGUUUUGAAAGAGGCCAACCAGAAGAUAGCGGAUGAGUAUGGCUAUUGUCUACUGGACCACCACAAGGAGCGGAUUGGCAACUUUAAGAUAGAGCCUCCAGGGCUGUUCAGGGGUAGAGGCGAGCACCCUAAGCAGGGCAUGCUGAAGAGUAGGAUUCAACCUGAGGAUGUCAUAAUCAACUGCAGCAAAGAGGCUUGUGUUCCCGUGCCCCCUGCUGGUCACCACUGGAAGGAGGUUCGACAUGACAGCACUGUGACAUGGCUGGCCAGCUGGACUGAGAACAUCCAGGGCUCCAUUAAGUACAUCAUGCUCAAUGCCAACUCAAAACUUAAGGGAGAAAAGGACUGGGAGAAAUAUGAGCUUGCUCGAAAAUUAAAAUCCUGCGUGGACGACAUCCGUAAUCAGUACCUCUGUGAUCUCAAAUCUAGAGAGAUGGUCAAGCGCCAGAGAGCUGUGGCCCUCUACUUCAUAGACAAGCUGGCACUGAGAGCUGGUAAUGAGAAGGAGGAGGGAGAGACAGCUGAUACAGUGGGUUGCUGCUCGCUACGUGUCGAGCACAUCACCCUGCAUGAGCAUCUUGAAGGCAGUGAGUGUGUGGUGGAGUUCGACUUCCUGGGUAAAGACUCCAUUCGCUACUACAACAAGGUCCCUGUCAUCAGUAAGGUUUUUAAGAAUCUGAAACUAUUCAUGGAGAACAAGGAACCUGGAGAUGAGCUCUUUGACCGCCUUAAUACAACCACGCUGAACAAGCAUCUGAGUUCUUUAAUGCCAGGUUUGACUGCAAAGGUCUUCAGGACAUACAACGCCUCAAUCACCUUGCAGCAGCAGCUCAAAGCACUCACAAACAGCUCUGACAAUCUGGCAGAGAAGCUGCUGUCCUACAACAGGGCUAACAGAGCAGUUGCUAUUCUCUGUAACCACCAGCGGACACCAGCAAAGAACUUUGAACAGUCUAUGGCUAAUCUUCAAGCCAAGAUUGAAGCUAGAAAGGAACAGCUGGCCCUAGCUAAGACGGAGCUGAGGCAGGCCAAGAAGGAGGCCAAGGCCAAAGGCAGUUCAGAUCCCAAGAUGCAGACGCUAGUGGAGCGGAAGAAGGCAGCAGUAAAACGCUGUGAGGAGCAGCUGCUGAAGAUGGAGGUCCAGGCGACUGACAGAGAAGAGAACAAACAGAUCGCACUGGGUACCUCAAAGCUCAACUAUCUGGACCCACGCAUAACUGUGGCUUGGUGUAAGAAUAUGAACGUGCCUAUAGAAAAAAUCUAUAACAAGACCCAAAGGGACAAGUUCGCUUGGGCCAUUGGCAUGACAGAGGCAGACUUUGAAUUCUAACCGGACUCUUCUAAGUCUCCAGUCUCAUAAGCUGAUAUCAUGAUGCAGUUAAGGAACCACUAUAUUACAGUUAUAGUGCUUUAAUGUUGCAUUUUAAUGUAUUCAUAAUUAAUGUAUUUGAAGAGAUUAUGUGACGUUUACUGCUGUUUAUUUCAGUUUAAUGCUUUUGGCACAUCAUCUUAAAGAUCCUGAUGGGUUGUUUUGUUUGCAACUUUUGUUGUUUUGCAUUAGUUUGAAUAAAGGGUUCCUAUUAUGCAGUAAA